UCCCCCUCCUUCGUCUUCCUGUUUUCUCACUCCGUUUUUCUGCUGGCUGCUCUCAGGACACUGCUUUCAUCCGGAAAACGUUCUUCCUAAAGCCUUGGGCUUUUACAUUUUCUACCUACACCCUGUUACCUUUACUUUCUUUAGCCCUCAGUACUGUAUUUCCCUUUCUGAUCUACUCUCAAUUUCAUUUUUAUCUUCAUUUCUUUUCCUUACCAGAAAGCUUCUGCACAUGAGGAAACUCUAUACACAAUACAUCAAUUAUAUACAAAAGCUGACGCUAACAGAAAUAGACUUCUGAUAUGGCUCUUGACACAUAGUUUACACACACACACUUGAGAAUUCCACAAAUAAGUAAUAAUAGACUUCAAUAGCUUUCAGACAGCUAUAAACUACAUGAAGAUACAACUAAAAUAUAUGCACACUGAAAAGCCACACAUAUUUUAUAACACCAAACGCAUAUAGAUGUAAAAUUAUAUAGAACAUUUAAAAGAAAUUGUUACUUUGCCAAAUGAAGGAGAAGACACAAUUCUACAGAUAUGCAGUGACUCAGACCUAUAGAGAGACGGAAUAGAACACAUUCCUAGAGUCGAACACUUCUAGAGCAGCACAGGACUAAACAGUGUCUUUCAUUGACAAACAUGUGAGUGACACAGAGUACAAAGGAAAAACUAGUGCAAAUUCUCACAAUCUAAAACACACCCAGGAUACAGUCUAUGCUUGGACAAUGUACCCUACUUGUAUCUUCUCCUCUAUUUGUCUUCUGUUUCUCUGGCUACGGAUAAUCUCUUGCCACAUCACCCCCUCUGGAACCCGAGAACGUUUCAAGGUGGUGUUUGCCCCAUUGGUAUGCAAAAGAACAUGUCAAAAAGGCUACUGCCAUGAUGUAUGCAAACCAGGAAGCAACAUGACGCUCAUAGCAGAAAAUGGGGGAUCAGCAGACACCCUAACAGGUUCUGGAUUCCGAGUUGUGGUGUGCCCACUACCAUGCAUUAAUGGCGGCCAGUGUUCUUCAAACAAUCACUGCCUCUGCCCCCCAGACUUCACUGGACGAUUUUGUCAGUUGCCGGCAUCUGGUGGAGGGGGCUCUGCAAGAAAUACAGGUGAGGCAACUGAAACAGAGGUUGCCGACCCCUCCUCAGGAAAACACGCUGUCUAUGCCGUUCAGGUGAUUGCGGGAGAAGAUGAAGCAGAUGGCAGAGAAACAAAGAUUAGCCAAUCAGCUCUUACAGUACCACUGGCACCUGGGCAUACGUCAUCGGAAGUCCAGGUUUUACCCCCUUUCCUAAAUGUCCGAGUUCAUCACCCACCCAAUGCCUCUAUCCAAGUUCAUCGUAUCAAUGGCCUGGGGUCUGAGGGUUCACCAGGUGGAGGAGCAACUCAUCUGAUUGCGCAUUCGGAGGGAGGCAAAGCUACACCUUCUCGGCCCCUCACUUACAAACCUUUGGGGCGCUGUUUUCAGGAUACUCUUCCCAAGCAAGAUUGCAGCACUAACCCUCUACCUGGACUUACCAAAGAGGAGGACUGUUGUGGCAGUGUGGGGACAUCAUGGGGACAGCACAAAUGCCAUAAAUGUCCACAAUUGUCAUACUCUGGAAGCCAUAAAACAGCCCCAUUUCGUGGGGAACACGGAUCUAACUGCCCUCAGGGUUUUAAGUGGAUGAAUACUACGCACUGUGACGAUAUAAACGAGUGUGUCAUGCAAGGAGUAUGUCAAAAUGGGGAAUGUUUAAAUACACAAGGCAGCUUUCGAUGUACAUGCAAACAUGGCUAUAUCUUUAUCUCCUCACAAAUGCAUUGUGCACCUGAGAAGCAGGAGGUUAAAGGUCUGUGUUACAGGCUGGUUGGGACUGAUGGGCAAUGCCAACACCCAUUGGCUACGAGGUUGACCCGACAAUUGUGCUGCUGCAGUGUGGGGAAGGCAUGGGGGUCUCAGUGUGAGGCAUGCCCUGCAGAUGGGACUGCCUCUUUCAGUGAGAUCUGCCCAGCUGGAAAGGGUUACCAUGUGCUGAUGUCUCACCAGACACUCACAAUCCAAGCUCAGAGUGAUUUUACACUUCAUCUACACCCCGAGGGUGGGGAAAAUCCACCUCUGAUUCCAAGGGUCCCUGAGGUGAUUGCACCUCCAAAGAUUACAGAGCCGGAUUCCAAAGAUGGGGAUGUUACUGCUGCUGUGCUCCCAGCGUACAGCACAAACUCAGAGGAGGAAUCUGUUGAUUUUACACCAGUCCUUUCCACAACACAAGGAAUCUCGUUUCCAGAGGUUGCUCUGAAACCUACCAUUGUUGCCGUUAAGAAUAUACCUCCUGAGUAUUACAAUCGGAGCGCUGUUGAGAUUGCUGUGACAAAGGGACCAGAAACUGACGAAUGCAGACUGACCAGGGACCUUUGCGGGUUUGGAGAGUGUAUAGCAACCCCUUCAGGAUAUUACUGCAGUUGUAAUCCUGGGUACCAGCCACAUCCCGAGAGAAAGCAUUGUAUUGAUAUUAAUGAAUGUGACAAAAAUCCAUGCGGCCCUGGUCGGGGCGUUUGCCUUAACACAGCCGGCUCCUUUAACUGCCGCUGUCACCAUGGCUACAGACUACAAGUGACAAAUGAACAGCGAGCUUGUGUGGAUGUUAAUGAGUGUCUCCGGACUGGAGUUUGUGGAGACUCUCGCAGCUGUUUCAAUUUCCCAGGAUCAUAUAAAUGUGAGUGUCAGCUUGGCUACAAACAGAGAACCACAAGACCACUGGUAUGUGAAGAUAUCGAUGAGUGUUUGUCUCGCCAGCCGUGUGGUGGGGGAAAAUGUAUUAAUAUCCUUGGCUCGUUUCGCUGUAUAUGUCCACCAGGUUACAAAUUAUACAACCAUCACCUGUGUAAAGAUAUAGAUGAAUGCUGGCUCAACCCACACUUAUGUUCCCCUCAUGGCACAUGUGAAAAUGUGGUGGGGUCAUUCGUUUGUGUAUGUGACACUGGAUACACACUGAGUGAGGACGGCACGACAUGUCAAGAGGCUGUGCGUAUUUUGGAUCGCAGAGACUGCUUUUUGAGUUUGGAUGACUCCCUGUUCUGUGACAGUGUUCUUGCUGUUAAUGUAACUCGGGAGCAGUGUUGUUGUUCUCUGGGGGCAGGAUGGGGGGACCACUGUGAGAUUUACCCCUGCCCUGUGCAUAAUUCAGCUGAAUUCCUCACACUCUGUCCCGAUGGGAUAGGAUUUAUAAUUGAUCUUGACAUCGUGACUUAUGGUUCCCCAUCCUACAGAGAUAUUGAUGAGUGUCAGCUAUUUGGACAGGAAAUCUGCAAGGAGGGAAUGUGUGUGAAUACAAAGCCCAGCUAUGAAUGCUACUGCAAACAUGGAUAUUACUAUGAUAAUCGUCUGCUACAGUGCAUGGAUGUGGACGAAUGUGUUGAUGAAUCCAACUGCAUUAAUGGCCGAUGCAUCAAUACUCAGGGCUCCUUCUAUUGUCAUUGUCCUCAGCAUACUCAGUAUCAUCCAGAACUCAAGCAAUGCCUUUCUAAUGCUGAACUUGAUGUUGAUGAGUGUCGAGAUCCAGCAUUGUGUCGCAAUGGGCGUUGUGUAAAUACACAUGGCUCAUUCCACUGUGAAUGUACUCAUCCUUGGACUCUGGAUCCUCUCGGCAGACACUGUAACCCUCCUGAGAUGCAAUCAGAUCGUGAGUCUCAAGGUAUUUGUUGGCAAAUUCGAGGUUCAGAUGGAAUCUGUUCCCAGCCCUUGCCUGGUCCCCAGUUGUCACUGGCCGAGUGUUGCUGCCAUCAAGGACAGGGAUGGGGUUUGAGUUGUCAUUCUUGCCCACCCAGACAUGCUCUGCAAUGCUCAGCUUCUCAUAGUGAGGCUAAUUCUUUCUGGGAAUCAAGUGCUCUUCACAUAAAGAAAUACAGAAGAGAUCAUGACAGCUCAGAGGAAGGGUCAGAUGAGUGUCCCUGUGUGAAUGGCCACUGUAGAAGAGGGCCUUAUGGUGUCUUCUGUGAGUGCCCAGUGGGCUUUCAACUGGAUAUUACUCGAACUCGUUGCCUUGAUUUGGAUGAAUGCAGGCAGAAAAAUCCAAGAGGAUCUCUGUGCAAGAACAGCCGCUGUAUAAAUACAAUGGGAUCAUACCGCUGUGUGUGCAAGCCAGGAUACACUCGUUUCCCCAACCCCCAUAUCUGCAUCCCUCAGAGGAAAUAACUGCAUUUUCAAAAUGAAUUUAGCUCAAAUUUGAACUGAUGCUUGCAAAAGUAGGCAUAGUGUCAAAGAAUGGCGAUAAGGCAUAGAAUGGCUAAAGGAGUAAGAAAGAGAAGGGGCCACCAUCUGAAGAAAAGAGGUUAAUCAAGUAAACAAGGCGUGAACUGAAAAACAGAAAGCAAGAAUAAAAAAUGAGUAUUAAUUAAAAAAAUAGAAGGGUAUGUGUCUUCUGUACAUAUAAAAUGCUUAGGCUGCUGUAUUGGACUAUGGCAGAACAGCCCAAAAUGCUGACUAUCUAUUUCUAGAAUCCUCUGUAUAUUUAUAGAAAAUCUUUUUAGCCUGCACACUUUCAAUGUAAAAACAUUUAAUGUAGAACUGUAGUUAAAGGAAAUUGCUGAAAUAACAAAAGGAAAUGGAACCACUGUGUGUGUAUAUAAAGAAACGCUUCACUUAUCAGUAUGUACUGUAUGCGUUUAUACAUGCAUGUACCUAUACAAAUACUUUUGUCCUGCUCAAUCAUAUCCUUUUGAGUUUAGAUUUAAGUUUAGAAUUGUAGAUUUACAUAAAAAUAUUUGUCCAAAAUA